AAUUGUAAAAUCCAAAGCAGCAGCAGCAGCAGCAGCCUUUAGCUGACGGAGCUAGCUGGCUAGCGACCAAAAUGGAGAACCCAGGGGGGAGCUCUGUUUUCCUGAGGGUUUUCACCUCUUUGGAGAGACGGACAUGACAUUUGGAUGCGGCGAAAUAAACUGGCUUUAGAACAACAGAAAAGAAUUUGCUUGUGGACUUCGCCGAGCCGCACCGGGCAGCUCUCCGCGGUAACGUUAGCUAACUGCUGCGGCUUCAACGCGUUCAGGGUCUCUUACAUAAAAACAACAACAGCCGAUCAGCUGCGGCUCACCGGACCAAGCACAGUCUGCGGUCUGGAGCCAAAAUAGCUUCUUUCCAGCCUUCAUUUACUGUAGAUUUGUAUAAGAGGUAAAGUCUACAGUUGUUUAAUUUAUGUUAAAAUAUCUGAACUGCGAGUUAACGCGAUAGAGCAAGUGGAGAAUAAGCUUCUUACUUGCUAAGCCCGGUGGGUUUUACCAUCCACCGGGGUUGUAGUUGUAGUCAAAAACCGGUAGGAUUAUUUUACUCCAUUUUUUAAAAAAGUUAUUAUAUCAGAGGAAGUAUCCACCUGUUAUUGGAUAACAUUAAUAUACCGCCUCUUUCGUUGUAAAGGGGGCGAGAGAGAGAAACAGAGAGAGAGAGAGUGGACCGAGUACCGCCGACCUUUCAGACCUUUAAGACACUGGAGACACCGGUGAGUGCCUGAAGCUGCACCUCCGGCUGGAUUUAUCAGCGCACAAACCACACUUUACUACUCUGUGACUUCCACAUGGGCCAGCAGUAUUAGGUAAACGUCCUGUUUUAUUGAAUGUGAAGAAACAUGCCUCGGAAUGCAUCCUAACCUACUUCCUGUGGCCAGCAGUCCCAGUCGGACACCAGUGAUGGUUGUUGGGGUUUCCACCGGGCUGAUAUCUGAGCAGAGUGGGGGGUUAGGUUUGCAGUUUCCAGACUAUCACUGAUUGAGCCUCUUUGCCGUCUGGUUAUCUGAUUUUCCCUUUUGGGAGAAGAAGAUGGAGACGGGUAUCCGGCCUCAUCAGGGCGAGGUGUUCGUCCACCCGCUGUCCAACCCCGCAGCAGCCGGCAUCUGUCCGGAGAUGCUGGAGGUGGCGGAGGAAGCCAACCGGGCUGGGGACUUUGACCUGGCUGUGGAAAUCUACAGCUCCCAGCUCCUUGACCUCCAGCAGCCGGACAGGGGCUUGUGUCUGAGAAAGGCCGACUCACUGGCCCGUGCAGGACGGAUUUCAGAGGCUCUGGACUCGUACUGCAUAGCAGCCAGUCUGGGUAAACUGCGGCCGGAGGAGCUUCCACUCCUGGUGGAAACAAUCGCACGGAGUCUGCGGGAGAAAGAGCUGGGCAUCUCUGGGACUUUAAACGGUCACCUUAAAAGUAGCAAUGGAGAGGAUGGGGGUGAAAGUGAUGCAGAGUGUGCUGAAGACGAAGCCCUGGACCUGUUUUCCUGUCGCCUUUGCAAGUGUCUGCUUCAUGAACCCACAACUGUGGAGUGUGGCCACACUUUCUGCAAACGCUGCCUAGACUCUGUGAAAGACUGUAUACACUGCAAAGACAAGCCGAACAAAAGAGAUGGGCUGCCAAAUGGUCGGCGACUAGAUGUAGUUCUCAGCGGGCUGAUAGAUAAACUUUUUGCAACUGAGAGCAAAGCGAGGAGACUGUGGAUGGAGGGGGAGGUUUUGCGGGAUAAAAAUGAUCUGAUGGAUGCCUUGGAGAAGUACAACGCAGCAGUGGAUCUAGCGCCCUCUUCAGGCAGACUGCUGAGACAGCGGGUCGAGCUACACAUGGAGAUGAUGAACUUCAGUCAGGCCGUGCAGGACGCCAGCAUCCUCUGCAGGAUGAAACCUCUGUGGACCAAGGCACACUAUCUGAAAGCCACAGCACUGACUAAUGCAGGGCGGAAUGACGAGGCCUUGCAGGAGUACUUCCUGUGUCUGGCACUCAAGCCUGACUGGACCAAAGUCAAACUGGAGGCUCAGAAGGUUCUUAGCGAGCUGUUUUCUUCUGUGUUUGAGAGAGAAGACCUGCCAACCCCACUGCACCCACUGCAGGGGGGGUUGGCCACCCGCCUCAUCAAACCACAAGCCCUGCUGAUGUCCCUGAGACCACUUACACAGAGGCCUGGAUCCUCCUCACAGGACUCGGAGUUCAGUGUGACUAAAAACACUCCAGUGGACGACUCAUCCUCCAGACUCUCUGCUCUUGCUUCUGGGAAGUCAGACCCAGCUGCAGGGGAGAGUAGCACCAAGAGCCUGGCCGGAGUCCUGGCUGCACUGCCAACACCCCCUGGUGGCCUUAAGAGGAAACACAGCGGAGAUGGACCCACAGAAGCCUUCAUCCCUCCCUCCAAACUGCUCAGACCUGAUGAGGGAAGCAGUCUUCAACCGGCUGCUCUGUGUGGACUGAGGAGAGUUUCUGCUGAGCUUUUGGACAGUGGAGAUUUGGAGUGUUCACUCUGCAUGAGAUUAUUCUAUGAGCCAGUAGCGACCCCCUGUGGACACACCUUCUGCCUCAAAUGUCUUGAGCGCUGCUUGGACCACAAUCCAAACUGCCCUCUCUGCAAGGAGAAUCUGUCUGAGUAUCUGGCCACUAGGGGCUACAAUAAGACCCUGCUGAUGGAGGAAGUGCUGCAGCGUUACCUAGGAGAUGAGCUGGCAGAGAGGAAGAAGAUCCACGAGGAGGAGAUGAAGGAGCUCUCCAACUUGAACCAGGAAGUGCCAAUCUUUGUGUGCACCAUGGCCUUUCCCACUAUCCCCUGCCCACUGCACGUGUUUGAGCCUCGCUACCGUCUCAUGAUCCGCCGCUCCAUGGAGACCGGCACCAAGCAGUUUGGCAUGUGUAUAGCUGAUGAACUCAAAGGCUUCGCUGACUACGGCUGCAUGCUGCAGGUACGAGAUGUGAAGUUCUUUCCUGAUGGUCGGUCAGUAGUUGAUACUAUUGGUGUGUCGAGGUUCAAAGUUCUCAGCCAUGGACAAAGAGACGGCUACAACACAGCAAAGAUUGAAUAUCUGGAAGACCGGAAGGUGGAGGGGGAGGAGCUGGUGGAGCUUCUGAAACUGCAUGACUCUGUGUAUGAGCAGGCCAACAGCUGGUUCACCUCCCUGAAAGACAACAUGAAAAGCCAGAUCCUCAGCCACUUCGGGCACCUUCCCAGCAAAGACCCUGACCCACAGGCCAGUCCCAGCGGUCCGGCCUGGUGCUGGUGGCUGCUCGCUGUCCUUCCUCUGGAGAAUCGAGCCCAGCUCACCAUCCUGGCCAUGACCUCCCUCAAGGACCGCCUCAUCGCCAUCCGCAGGGUCCUCAUCUUUGUUACACGCAAGAGGCCCCGAUGAUCGCCGUGCUGCCUGGAAGACGGACUUAACUGUUGGGCUUCUAUGCACCUCAGCGAUUCAUUCAUUCAUCCACUGAUUUACUUGUUUGGUCCCUCAGUGGCCGUGUCAUAUUCUCAUUACUUAUGUUACACUGGCCAUUCUACCAGAUUGGUGCAAACUGCCGUCCCGCAACCAAAAAACUCAUUUAAUAGAUUUUAUAAGUAAAGUAUUUAACAUUUUCCUUAAAAACACUGUGUAAACUCUUACAAUAAUAGUUCUCCUCAGUCAUCUCUUCUGACCCCGGAGCUGUGAGUGGUGGUGUUUUUACCUCCAGACACUCUGUCCUCUGCCUGUGUUUACUCUUUUCCUUAUGUUUUUAUGGGUUUGGGACGUUUGUGGACGUGGACCAUUGGGCAGUGAGUCAAUAACAGCAUCCCGCAGCAUGCAUGGGCAGAACAAUAGAAAAACUGAGGCUACUCCACUGAGAAUUACUGCCCUUACUGCAGUCUUUCUGAGAGACUAAACUCUGGGCAAAGCAUGAACAGAUGCACAACUGCUGUGUUUUCCCUCUGAAACAUUCCCUUAGACUGUAGUGAAGGUGUGGGUUUGUUUAUUUAUCAGUGUUUUUACAAAAUAACUACUGUGACUGAAUCAGGAAAAUAAUGUUUUAUUUUUCUGUUUCUCUGCUUUCCCCAUGCAGUCUGCUGUUUUGUUUUUUUUUUUGACCAACACUCUUACCGGAGAGGAGGGACUUGCAAAUACAAAUGAGAAAUGUUACGUAAUUUACUUUAAAAUAUUUAUGAUGUUAUGAUGUUAAAUGCCCUUGUAAUGUAUAAAAGCCAAAAUAAUAUUUGAGAUAGCAGCAAGCAUAACAUAAUAUAUGAUAAUAAUAAAUACCCCCCCCCCCCCCCUUAAAAGAAAAAAAAUCUGCAUAACUUUGAACCCAUUUGCUGAGAUUUAUAGCCACAGAUUAGUCUGUCCUCAUCCAUCUGUCUGUCAUGGAUGCAUUCUGAGUAAAAACGUCCCCACAUUUUGCAUUAAAUUUCCUUACACUACCCACAUUUUUGCACAACAGUUAAACUGUAGAAACUGAAGAACUGUGAGAUUUCUCUUCCACUCUGAAGAGAAAAAAAACAUACCCUAAUGUCAGUAUUAGUACUAGAGGUUUUUCUUUUUUUUUUUGGGAGGGAAAUAAGUGGGUUCUGUAUUUUCACAUUCAGAUAGGAAUUGCUAAUGAACUCUUUCAUUCUUGGAGCUGUUUUACAAAUAUUGUAAUAGAUUUAAAACCAUCUAAAAAUACAUAGUUUUUGUCAUCUAACAACAACAUUAACAGCUUAGAAGUGUGGCCGCAUGUGUCGAGCAUACACUUAUUUUCUGUAAUUCUUGAUGUGUGUGAAAAAACCAUUUGUAGAUCAGCAUUUUUGACAUAGACAAAACUAUGUACUUGAACAGUCACAUGAAACAGAUUCAGGUUUUGGUAGUGGCAUAAAAAUGAGAAAUGAUGAUUUUUAUCUACUUCACACUUGCUGCUAUCCCAAACAUUGUCCAGAUUUUUUUGAAUACACAAGGAUUUACUGACUUUUAAAUUGUGCUUUAGGUUGUAUUCCAGCAGUUUACACCUGUUUUGAUAGAAUGGCCCAAUCAUUCUUUCACUCCGUCAUCAUUCUGUCAUGAACUCUUGUUGUGUUGUGAGCCUUUCUGGGCAGAGAUGGGAUGUGGUGUUGGUAUGAGUGUGUUCAUCCAACGCUCCCCUCCCUCCUGCUUAUUGUCAUCGGAUUUAUUAUUUUAGUACGCACAUCUCUCAGUUACCUCUCACAUCUUGUUCUCGGUUGUGGCUGAUGUAAAUGGAGUCGGGCAGAUGACUACACUUGACUCCUGGUUAUGAAGGAACAAAAAUCUGUUGUGUAAGGUCAAAAGGAAUUCAUUUUUCACCACCUACACUCUACAAGUUCUCUAUAAGCUAAAACAUCCAGUAUUUGAUGCCUGCAAAGCAGUGUGGUCUCCUACAUCCCACAAAUAUGACAGUCUUUAUAGGUUUGGUCCAAACUAAAACACUCAUCUCCUGCAAUAUAAAUCAAAAACACAAACACAGGGAACACACACUAAAGUGAAUGUACUGGUCCGGCUGUGGUACACUGAUGUUUUUGUUUAGUUACAGAUCCUUUUAGUGAUGCACAGCAGAUCUGAUCCAGGUCUGUGCAUUAGCAGCAGCUGCUUCACUCUGAUUCUUCCUGACUUGAGCCAAAUUGAUGUGAAAAACCUGGAGCUCUCUCUCUCUUUUUUUUUUUUUUUUUUUUUUUUUUGCCUGCCGCACCCUAUGGUGGACGGGGCAUGUACCUCAGAUUGUUAGAUAGGAGAUAACGGGCGCCUUCAGAGUCACUGCAUUAAGAUGAGAUAGUGAUAGUAAUAACGAUAACACUACAAACAUUCAGACUUUAUUGAACAAGUGCAACUUUACAAUGUGCUCCAGUUGGUUUUUAGAUGAGAUUUGGGUAAUUUUUUUUCAAUAGUCCAUGAAUUGCUUUGGUCAUUGGAUUUUCUUUAAAUACACAAACAAACAGAAAAAAAUUAAAAUCUAAACUGAAAUUCAAACUGUAUCUUUUCAUAAAGCGAUUGUUUGAUAUUCAUCUUUUUUAUAUUGUAGGACAAAAGAUAGGAAAUAGAUGUUAACCACAAAAAAAUGUCUAGGACAAUUAUUAUUAGUAAGUAAAUGAAUUGUUAAUAUCCUAUCAAAUAACGUGUAAAACCUUUAGAACAUGGGAAUAAACUUUUGAUAGAUUUGGAUUAUUUGACCAGAUGGAAGGAACGAAAAUAUUGAUACACUUGAGGAAUGCCUUUCGUUAUGUUUUAUGAUACUGUAUCGGUUCUGAAAGACAAUAUAGUUGUUUUUUUAAGUAGCUUAGACUCAAAACAAAUCACAGCAGAUACUGGUUGACGACAUGUAGCAUCCACUAGGUAGCAGUGUUCUCAUGUGUCUUCUAACGUUUGACUAGACUCAACUUGAUCCAUAUUUUAUUUAUGAUGGAGUGUUCUUUAUACUGUGACAAUGUUUAUUACCUUAUAUAGUCAGAUUUCUGCCAAUACACUGCCGCUAUGACCAGGUCAGAUCAUGUAGACACUACUGACAAAAACCAUCAGUUUCUAUAAGGAUUUAAUUAUCAGUAUACAAAUGAAAAUUCAGUUCCAACAUCCAGUUUAAAUGAAAGGUGACUCUGGACAUGUGGUUUCACAGCAGUCCUCAGUGCUGCUUUUGGGAAACAACUGUGAAAGACUCCAUCCGGUCUCAGAAUAUGGGGAAAAAAAAAAAAAAAUCUAAAAUUUUCUACGAAACAGAAAAUCUAACUCUUAAAAAUCUUUACAUUUUACCUUUUGUGUAUGGAAAAGAAAAACACAUAUUUCACUCAUUUUGAGUUGUGUAUUUUUACGUACAAAUCAAACGCUACUCUGUUUUUUACCAUUAUUAUUUUUAAUAUCUGAAAACAGGGCUGGCAAUAUAUUCAAUUAAAGUUUUUGCUCUUUAGAAGUUGUAAAAAACACGAACAUUGAUGUUAGGAGACGUUCAACUCCUAACAAGAAGUGAAAAUAACCCUGUUUGCUUCUUACCAUAUAUGCUCAUUGUAAAUAUGUUUCUGCAGUCAUAUAUACUUCGUAGUAUAGUAUAAUUUUAGGGGAAGAAAGAUAUUUUUGAUUCGUGUUUUUUUUUUUCUUCUUGAUAAUGAGUAAAAAUGGGGGGAAAAAAAUGGAUUUACAUCAUUUUGGCCUCAUCGUACAGAAGAAAACUCCAAUGACCAAAACAUACAUGGACCUGGACUAGAAACUGGGUUUUCUUUCAUUUUAGGAAAUGCAGACACAAAUGCAUCCUUCCAGAUUCCCAUGAUCUGGACCUUUUGUCCUACUGUAGCAUAUCUCUGGGACUUCUGCUUAGAUUUAGGGGGUUGGCUGUGUAUUUUUUUCUUUUAAUUUUUGGGUUUUAUUUUGCUGUUUGUCUCUCUGUGCUAUGCCCUUAAGUGUAUGUGUACGGUGAAUUCUUAAGUUGGGUGAUUUUUAUGUAUAUCAAUGUAACUUUGAGGCCUUUUAAUGUUAAUUUAAGAAAUAAUUUCACCUUCUUUCUCUUUCACUCUCCCUGCUGUCUCUUUCUUUCAGUACGUUUUCAUGCACGCUGUGAUGUGAUUACUAUGGAGAAAAAAAAAAUGGCUUAAACGCAUCCUACGGAGGUUUGUCCUCAACGUGUAGUUAUGUUUACAUUCACUGUUCCACUGAUAAAUGCUGAAGUUGUUUCCUCGCAACCUCCUCACCAUGUCGGAAAACAUUAGCAAAACUAGUGGUUUUAGAAAUGUUGGAACCUACUUUAUUGUCAUCCACAUUUCAGCAAAAAAAAAA